AUGGAAAGCAAAGAUGAAACACAUGUAAAAGAAAAUAAAAAAAUUAAUAAAAAAUCUAUUUAUUUUAUAAUAAAGAAAUCUGAGGAAUUAGAGAAAGAUCAUUUAUUAAUAUCAUUCUUUUGCAUUCUAUACGUUAUAGAACAAUUAAAUGAUUAUGUAAAAAACGAUUAUACUGAUAUAGAAGCAAAAAACAUAUUAAUUAAUUGCUUAAAUAAGGCAGAAAAAAUUAGACCAUCUUUUGAUUCGUUAGAUUAUAAUGAGCUUUCUAAAUUUUGUGAAAGAUUAUUUUUAGGGGCUAAUAAAAAUGAUAGAUAUGAAGAAAUAACAAAAAAAACAUUACAAAUGUUUUUUACUUCUCAGAUAUUUUAUGAAAUAUUAAAUCAUUUCAAAAAAUUAAAUGAUGAAGAAAAAAAAAAAUAUCUUUAUGCAAAAUAUAAAACAAUAUAUUUAAAAAAAUGUUUUGAUAAUAAUAUAAAACCAGAACCAGGAACCCCGAAAAAUGAAAAAGAAGAUAUUUCAGAAUUAUGUGAAGAUAUUUCCAAAGAUGAAAGAAACUACCAAGAAACAAUUAAUAAUGAAAUUUCUUGUGAAGAUAAUUCAAUAAGUAAUAAUGAUUAUGACAUAGGUUUUCAAGAAAAAAAAGCAAAUAUAUCAGACGAAAAUAAGAAAAUAUAUAACACAAUUGAUUUUAGUUCAAGUUUAAAACAUGCCCAAUAUGCUGUUAAUGCAUUAAUGUUUGAAGAUUUAGAUACUGCAAAAUAUCAGUUAAAACUUUCUCUUUCAUAUUUAGAGAAAUAA